UAAACCAGGUACAAAGGCAGAACAGGAGCAAGAGCAACCACUCAUCUGCAGCCAUCAUGAGCACCACUGAGACAGGCAAAACUGACAUGAACAUGAGGGGCAAGAUCAUCUUCUAUGAGGAUAGGAACUUUAUGGGUCGCCACUAUGAGUGCAUGAGUGACUGUGCCGACAUGCACUCUUACAUGAGCAGGUGUCACUCCUGCAGGGUGGAGAGCGGCUGCUUCAUGGUCUACGACCGCCCCAACUACAUGGGAAACCAGUACUUCUUCAGGAGGGGAGAAUACGGUGACUACAUGAGUAUGAUGGGCUGGAGAGACAGCAUCAGGUCAUGCCGUAUGAUCCCCAUGUACAGGGGAUCCUACAGGAUGAGGAUCUAUGAGAGAGAGAACUUUGGUGGCCAUAUGCAUGAGUGUAUGGAUGACUGUGACUCCUUCAUGGAUCGUUACCAUAUGUCUGACUGCAUGUCCUGCCAUGUGAUGGAUGGCCACUGGCUGAUGUACGAGCACCCCCACUACAGAGGCAGGAUGAUGUACAUGAGGCCUGGAGAGUACAGGAGCUUCAGAGAGAUGGGAUAUGGAGGCAUGAGGUUCAUGAGCAUGAGGAGGAUCAUGGAUUCCUGGUAUUAAAUAUGCCAUGUUUAAUGCUGGUGAAUAAAAGUAUUUUGAAAUUAUAA